GGGGUGCGCCCCGCCCGGCCCUCCCCUUCCUCCUGCCAGGCCACUUCCUCGUACGGAGCCGAGCGGGCACACUUGUCACCCUCCACCGCCGGGUCACAAGCCCGGCCCCCGGUGCAGCUCCAGGGCGCCUUCCCCGGGUGUGCGCGCCGCCCCGCCCGCUAGGGCCAGCUACUUCCUCCGCCCGCGCGCGCUCCACGUGGCAGCAGCGCCCGACCGGAGGGGCUGCAGCACCCGGCCGGAGAGCGAGUCCCCGCAGGCCGCACCAUGGCCCCCUCGCUGGCGCGGGCGUACCGCAGGCGCUGGUGGAUGGCUAGCACCGCUGUACUGGAGAACCUCUUCUUCUCCGCCGUGCUGCUGGGCUGGGGCUCGCUGCUCCUCAUGCUGAAGCAGGAGGGCGUCUACUCCAGCCUGUGCCCAGCGGAGAACACCACCAAUGCCACACAGGUGGCAGAGCGCCAGUGGCCCAGCUGUGACCAGCAGGACGAGAUGCUCAACCUGGGCUUCACGGUGGGCUCCUUCUUGCUGAGCGCCACCACCCUGCCCUUGGGAAUCCUCAUGGACCGCUUCGGCCCUCGGCCCCUGCGGAUGGUGGGCAGUGCCUGCUUCGCAGCAUCCUGUGCCCUCAUGGCCUUGGCCACGCAGAACCCAGAAGCCCUGUCCCAGCUGAUCUUCCUGGCACUGUCCCUGAAUGGCUUUGCUGGCAUCUGCCUCACAUUCACGUCCCUCACGCUGCCCAACAUGUUCGGGAACCUGCGCUCCACGUUCAUGGCACUCAUGAUCGGCUCCUAUGCCUCCUCUGCCAUCACCUUCCCGGGAAUCAAGUUGAUCUACGAGGCUGGCGUGCCCUUCGUGGGCAUCAUGUGCGCGUGGUCCGGCCUUGCCUGCCUGAUCUUCCUCAACUGCGCCCUCAACUGGCCGUCAGAGCCAUUCCCCGCCCCCGAGGAAGUGGACUACAGGCAGAAGGUCAAGCUCGCAGGGCUGGCCUUGGACCACAAGGUCACUGGCGACCGCUUCUACAGCCACGCAACCGCUGUGGGUCAGCGGCUGAGCCAGGAAGUGCCCAGCCUGGACAAGGGGACUGAUGCCUUUCUAGUCCCCCGGGACGGGACGGGCGCCUCCCACGGCCAGCCUGAGAGGGGAGCCCUGCUGUCUCCAGAGGCCAUCCCCUUUCGCAAGAGCCUGCUUUCCCCCAUCUUCCUGUGGAGUCUGCUGACCAUGGGCAUCACGCAGCUGCGUGUCAUCUUCUACAUGGCUGCCAUGAACAAGAUGCUGGAGUUCCUGGUGACCGGGGGUCCGGAGUAUGAGACCAGCGAGCUUCGACAGAAGGCGACUGAGACAGUCAGCUUCUACUCAUCUGUCUUCGGGGCCAUGCAGCUGCUCUGCCUCGUCACCUGCCCCCUCAUUGGCUACGUCAUGGACUGGCAGAUCAAGGACUGUGUGGAUGCCCCAGCCAGAGGCUCUGGCCAUGGAGAGGCCAGGGACUCAUCAGCCACCAAGUCCUCCAGGCCACGCUACUGCAGGACUCAGAAGCUCACCAAUGCCAUCAAUGCCUUCGUCCUGACCAACCUGCUGCUUGUGGGCUUUGGGGUCACUUGCCUCAUCGACAGCUUGCCCCUACAGUUUGUGACCUUUAUCCUGCACACCAUGGUCCGUGGCUUCUUCCACUCAGCCUGUGGGGGCCUGUACGCCGCCGUGUUCCCGUCCAGCCACUUCGGGACACUGACCGGCCUGCAGUCGCUCAUCAGUGCCGUGUUCGCCCUGCUGCAGCAGCCACUCUUCAUGGUCAUGCUGGGGCCGCUGCACGGGAAGCCCUUUUGGGUGAACCUGGGCUUGCUGCUGUGCUCGCUGCUGGGCUUCCUGCUGCCUGCCUACCUCUUCCACUACCGAGCCCGGGUCCAGAGGCAGCUGGCCAAGCCUGGCCCGGGACCCCCUACGGCUCCCUGUGUUCCCAAGGUGGCAGCCUGAUGUCCAUCCACAGCCAAGGACUUCAGGCCAGGGGCCACCAGAGCCACCGGGUCCCAUGCCGGCGCAGAGCCCCAGGCAGAGCUUCUGCAGGACUCACACAGGGCCCUCACGGAGCUACGUCCCCAUCCCUCUGGCCAGACUGUGCCACCCCUCCAGUGGGUGCAGUGUCCUGAUCUAGGGGGCCAGGCAGGCUCCCUCCUGGUGCUGUUCCUUGGUCUUGGAGGAAGUGAAAAGGGACGCUGAGGCGGGCCUGAGCCAGGGCGGCACCGUUCUUUGCAUCCAGCCCGGCUGUCCCCUGCCCUGGGCAGAGGGCGCCUGUGCUUUGGCACACGGGGCUGGGGGAGGGGGGUGUCAGGUGCCCCAAAGGCGCUAAACUGGAUGCCCCAGACCCCGCUGGGCGCGCCUUUUAGCGCCUCCUACUUUGUGUUCGAACUCCACACAAACUGAGCUUCCUGGUA